GCCAACUUUUUUGUGUAAAGAUAUUCUAGGAAGAUUGUUAGAUAGCAAAAUAUUGUAUUUUCGUGAUUGAUCCUUUUGUCAUGCAUGGUUUUAAAGAUAACAAACGAGACGGGGCUUACUGUUCUUUUAGCUAGCUAGCUAGCUACCUAGCUCUAGCUACACAGAUAAAAAAAACUCACACUAUUUCUAGGUCCCUGAGUUUAAGAUAGUAUGGAUCUUAAUUCAAAAGAAAACACAGCUUUUAAGCAGCAGUUUAAUAAAGGUGAUCCUAAAACAUGUAGUGAUGAUGGGUGGGCCGAAGUGGGUGGAUACUGGAAAAGCAAGAAUGAGAAACUUAAAAAACAGUUUAAUGCUACUAUCGUCAGAAAGUCAUCGAUUUUUGAUGGUGUUGCAAUUUGGGUUAAUGGAUUAACAUAUCCUUCCUCUGAUGAAUUGAAACGAAUAAUGGCUGAACAUGGCGGAAGUUAUAUUCAUUUUUUCUCCAAGACCAAUGUUACUCAUGUGAUUGCAACGAAUAUGCCUAACAGCAAGAUUAAAAAUCUAAAAAAAAAAGAUAAGGUUGUCCAUCCCGAUUGGAUAGUUGACAGUGUACAGGCUGGGCGUUUGUUAGCAGUGGAUAAAUAUCUUUUGUAUUCAGUUGCAAAGAGGGACGGUGCAGUAUUAAAGUUCCCUGUACAAAGUAAAAGCCAUUCCGAAGCCAAUCUUUCGAAAAAUAAUGAAACCAGCGAAACCAGUGAUGCGAGCCAGUCAGAAAUGUGCAACACACCUGAAAGCAUGGAUGACGAUUUCACUAAUGUUGAUUUUCAACAGGAUAAAACAGAAGCAGCAGGGCAGCCUGUUUUAUCGAAACAUGACUACUCAGCCGUAUCGAAGACGCCUUUAAAAGCGGGCGAUGAUAAUUUUAUUUCUGAAUUUUACACUCACUCGCGUCUGCAUCAUCUAUCAAUGUGGAAGGCAGAGUUGAAAAAGUUUGCGUUUGACAUACAGAAGAAACGUAAAGAAUUUGAAAAUAAACAUUUGACAAGCAUGCCACACAAAUAUAAAAUAAUUAUGCAUGUAGAUUUAGACUCGUUUUUUGUUUCUGUUGCUUUGAAGAUGAAUCCUGAAUUAGCUGGUAAACCUGUAGCUGUUUGUCAUUCAGGAAGAGGAAAUUCUGAAGGAAAAAGUUCGUGGUCAGAAAUAGCCUCCUGUAGUUACGAAGCAAGAAAAUUUGGUCUACGCAAUGGCAUGCUGUUAAACAAAGCUAAACAACUUUGUCCUCAACUGGUUUGUGUGCCGUAUUACUUUGAUGAGUACAGAAAUGUAUCACAAAAGUUUUACGAAAUCUUAUCUCACUUCACAUGCAAUAUUGAAGCUGUGAGUUGCGAUGAAGCUUUGUUGGAUAUCACUGAAUUGGUGGAGACAGGAGAAACGAUUCUAGAGGUUGCUGAAAACAUUCGGAACGAAAUUUUAAAGAACACAGGUUGUAUCGCUUCAUGUGGUAUUGGUAAUAGCAUAUUAAUAGCACGCCUCGCUACGAAGCAAGCAAAACCAAAUGGAAAGUGCUAUGUUUCCAUGGCAGAUGUUCCUGAAUUUAUCAAACAUCAGAAUGUGAAAGACCUUCCUGGGAUUGGAUGGGCACAAGGUCAAAAGUUAGAAGCGUUGAACAUUAAAACCUGCGAAGACUUGCAGAAAAUGACAUUAUUAGUAUUACAAAAAGAAUUUGGAGUAAAGUUAGGAGAAACGCUGUUCAACUUUUGUCGUGGAAAAGAUGAGCGAGGUAUCAAAAUGGAUCAAGAUCGCAAAAGUGUGUCUGCUGAAAUAAAUUACGGAAUGAGAUUCACAGAGUAUCACGAGGUGGAAAAGUUUGUGUAUCAGCUCUCUUGUGAGGUGGAGAAACGAUUGAAAGACAUUCAAAAAAUGGGGACGCACAUCACAAUCAAGCUCAUGACGAGACGAAAGGAUGCACAGGACCCUUCAAAGUACAUGGGUCAUGGUUGGUGUGAAAACCUGUCUCGAUCAAGCACCUUACCAACACCAACACAUGAAGCGAAGAUAAUCGGAGACAGAUGUUGCAGUAUUUUGCGCACCCUUCAAAUACAAGCGAAAGAUUUCCGUGGUAUGGGAAUUCAGAUGACAAAACUCACCGAUGUGUCACUGCAAACAACGCACACUAAGAGUUUGCUUGAGUUCACAAAACCAGUGUCUGUUGAAGAGCUGCAAAAACAGCAAACUCGUGAAAAGCGAAACAAAGAAACAUCAACAAAGAAAAGCAGUAGCUUGGAUAACUUUAUGAAACCUGUUGCUUUUAGUGCUUGUGAGAAAACGGCAGAGACAGUCGAACUUCCUCCGUUGCCUUCGUUUCAGACACGGCACUCAUCGGCUGGAACAUCGAGUUCUUUUGAGCCGCCUUCUUCAUUGAGUUGGGAUCCCGCUGUACUUAGUGAACUUCCUGAAGACAUACAAAAAGAAUUAAAAAUGUAUCAAGCACAAAACGUAAGUUCUGCCGAAUCGAAAUCUAUAUCAACGAAACAGCGCGUCAGUCCUAAAAAGAAAAUUCCUCAAUCAAAAAAAGGCUCGCCAAAAACGAACAGUCCUUUGACCUCGGGAAGGGGUAAACAAAAGCGACUUCGAGAUUUUGAUGCCUCUAAAUAUGGCGAUAUUCGUGUGUCAUCAAGAAAAUUGGUUUCAAAUGAUGACCAAUUUACAGGAACAGGCGCAAAAGCAAACGCAACAGAAAAACAACAUGUACGAACAAGCAGAGAGAAAGAUGGUAUUCUCUCUCCUUCGCAGAUUGAUUUAGGUGUUGUGAAUGAACUUCCUGACGAUAUUCGAGAUGAAAUAAUAUCGAAAAUGAGAAAAACUGGUCAUUUGAGUCGACGCAACAAAGAGAAGAACAGAAAAAAUACAGAUGAAAAUUUUCAUCUUAAAAAAGCCGACCAACACGAAACGAAAUUUAGCUGUGGCCGUGAUAUGACAGAGACACCAAUGAAGAAGAAUACAUCCAGCGAAUCAACUUCACCACAAACCAAUCAGUUUCUUUUGUCUCCCUCUCAGCUGGACCAAUCGUUUUUGAGAGCUUUACCUGAAGAGGUAAGACAAGAUGUUAUAUCUGACGCUGAAAAAUCGAAGCAAAGAAGACAUACGCCGAUAGCAAAAUCACCGCUAAAUGUGGAGGCUUUUAAUACCGAUAAGGAUACUGGUAUAAACAGAUGCGUUAAUAGUAAACUUCGUUGUGACGACAUGUUGUCGCCGUCACACAGACGCGUCAAUAAUGCACUCCGUUGUGACGACAUGUUGUCGCCGUCACAACUGGAUGCGAAUGUAUUAGCCGCACUACCUAUUGACUUGCAAAAUGAAGUCAUGCAGCGUGCGGAAGUUGAAAAGAAAAGAAGACAGAGGAAAAGAGAAGCAAAUACUGUAGUGAUUCCAGACUCAAAUCAUGCCGAAGAGGAAAUAGAUGAACCUGUAAAAAUGAUUAAAUUAACUCAAAUUCUACCUAUCCUGCACGGUGCAUCUGAAUAUACAGAUAUAAAAAACAUUUUGAAACAAUGGGUAGAUGAAUAUGAAGAGCCUUUUUAUGAUGACAUUAAGGAGAUAAAAACUUAUCUCCAGAAGUUGUUGAGCUCUCAUAACAUGGAAACUUUAUUUCUCGUUCUUAAAUACCUUAAAAGAGUAACGGCAUCGCUACCAUCUUGGCAACCUCAUUAUAACAACAUUUUGGAAACAACUCAGAUGGAAAUGAAGAAAAUGUAUUCUGGUGUUCUGCCAAUUACACCGUUUGCUAUGACACACCUGAUAUAAAACCGAUUUCGCAUGACAUCUUGGAUCGCAACACAAAACAAGCGUGGAAAUGACGCAGAAUGUAACACCGAAAUGGACAGCCAUCAAUGAUACCGUCUUACCCAGUGGCUUUGCAGAAGAUCGAACGUUUGUUUUAAUCGAAUCGUUAAUUCUUUUAGCGAUAUGCUUUUCAAAUGCCUCUCUUAUUGUUAUGUUAAUCAAAUCGAAAAAUACGAGAACGAAUAAAAAUGACUACUAUGGUUACUAUCUCUUGCAUUUAUUUACAGUGAAUCUUUUCUUUGCCUUGCUUAUUAUUCCAGGUUCAAAUUUUACAAAUGAGCGGCUGGAUAACAGAAGCAGUAUGUAGUAGGCUGAUCUCCUUCCUACAUGUUUUUGGUUCGACGUUAUGCGUUGGGAGCAUAACUAUGAUGAUUUUGGAAAGACAUCUUGUCACAAUAAAACAUUGCAGGAGAAGAACUUUGUGGAGGAAAGUAAAGCAAAAACUUAUGUUUAUAUGGGUUUGGGCCAUAUGCACUGCUCUCCCUCGCAUAUCUCCUAAUUCAAAUAGGACAUUGUUUCAUUGGAAGGUGAAUGAAGAUUACAACAGUGUCUAUGCAAAAAUUUACUCCUUGUUUCUGUUUGUCUCGAUUGUUUUCGUACCUACUGUAGUAAUAUUGUUUUGUUGUUACAAGAUAACGAGUUCAUAUUCAACGGAAAGCGCAGUUUUAAUCAAACGAAAGAAACGUUACCGGAAAUUUACGAAAAUGGUGGUUCUUCUUCUGAUCGUAUUUUCAAUUGGUUGCACGCCUUCGUUCUUAUUAGAACUUGUUAUAAAUUUCCGUCGGGGCGUUCGCAAAUCGCCGCAGUUGGUAUCGACUAUGUUAUCGAUGUUCUGUUCGACGUACUUUCUAUAUCCUUGUCUAUUUUUUGUUAUGUAUCGCAAAGUACUGACCCGUAAGAAAGAUGAAUCGCCGAAAAUGCUAGUAAUACGGCGUUCGUUUUACGAUAUAUACGAAAACAUACCCCAUAAAUCAUCUGUUAAAAAUUUAUUUCCAAAUCGUCGCCUGUCAAUGCAUCGAAAAAGUUACGACGAUGAAAUUGCGAGUUUUAUAACCCAGUGUUAUGGUGAGUCUUGUGUUGAACCAGAACUGACCGAUACCAAGAUUAAGGAACGUUUGUCGCUUGACUUCACUUUCAAGAAGGAGUUUAACAUGUUUUCAAGACUGCAGAGAAGAUUAAGCUCUUACACAGAGUCACGCCAAGUGCAGUACAAUAUGAAUAAUAAUUUAUUACCUUCGUAUCGUGAAUAAUAAAAGAAGUUACAGACGAAAGAGGUAUACCUCAAUGCCUUGAUAAGCGCCCCUUAUAAAGCAACGCCCCCUUAAAUACUGUACUGUGUACUACACCAGGCGUUUAUUUGAUGGGGCGCUAAUUCAAAAAUCCAAUAGCGCCGGGGUGCUUAAAAGACAAUACGGUAACUACAUGAAAACUAUGUUGAUGUCCAUGUUAACUGAAACUUUGUUAAAACACGCGUGCUAUGCAAAUAUUUUGCUGAAAAUAGUUAUUUGUUUGUAACUGUUUAUUAUGUUGGAGGAAAACAUGUUAAGACUUGGGAAAAGAUUUGCUCUCUUUUUUUGUCUUCACUUUUUACAUUGAUUUUCUUAUUUUUUUGUCGUAAUUAGUGAUAUGUGUGUUGUUAGUGUUUUGACCAUCCCUGUUCACAGGACUUUUUAUUGGAAUAUAUGGAAAAAUAGCUAAGAAUCCUGGUCACGAUAAUGCCAGGUUAUUUCAUUUUGUAGGCAGCUGGCUGAGGCGAACUUCGUAAAAAUAGUUUAUUCGUGUUUUUUUUUAAAAAAAAAAACAGGGAUUCGUUUAUUUGUGGUCAAAUUUGUUUCUUCUACCAAGCAUUAAGAAGAAAAACAAACCCUGAGGAGACUAGGAUGACCUGAAUUGUUGUGUUGAAAGAAAUAAAAGAAUUCAUUUGGUAACAACAUUAAAAAUAUAUUUCUCUGGCUGUUCAUAAGUAUUCGUCAAUUGCGCUGUUCGUAUGCUUAAUGUCAAGAAUUUUUGUGGAAAGGAAAGCGGUGAAGGAAAAUCUAAGUCGUGGACGAUUUUUUCUACGACUGAUUAUUGGCAGCGCUUGUGUCCAUACCAUAUUUCUGUAACUAUAUGGAAAAUAUCGUUGAACUUUUCAUGUUUGAGUGCAAUGCUUCACUCGCGCAGGCGAAGAAAAUCACUCAAAUUGCAACCUCGUUCUUAGGACACAGGAGCCAAAAGACCCGGGUACUAGCAUGACCCGAAUUGGCUGUGCUUGGAAUGUGAAAUAUGACCAUGUUUGUAAAUACACACCACUGAUGAAUAACCUUGCCCUCCCUCCUUCUCAAGAAAAGCUAUUUACACCGAAAUUAUCAUUACAGCGAAAGAACAAAAACAGAAUUAGAAGAAUUAAUUUGACAACAAAAUUAAGAAUAUAACUGAUUUUUACCGUUCAUAGGUAAGGCUUGAUUGCGCUGUUCGUAGAGUUUUCGAGAGGAGAACUUUUUAUGAAAAGUCCGUAAAAAAUUUUCGGAAUUAAAUUUCGCAUUCGACAAAACACAAUUAAGUUUGAAAGAUCUCUAUUCCCUUAAAGUGUUGCCGAAUAAAAAAUAUUCAUAUUUACACAGCCAUGCAUUGUCUUUCUGAACUUUCUGAACUUUUAUAAAAGGAAUGCUUGUUUCGUGUAAAUACCGAAAGCGAAACGUUAUUUGUAGGUAUAGCUAUUUGACUCAUUUGCCUAUGCAUUAGACUGGAUUCAUAUUCUUUUUUGAUUAUUACGAUGUUUCAAAACAAUGCUCUAGAUAUAGCCAUCGUUUUUUAAAAAUAUCAUAUAUCGAUUUUCUGAAGAAAUAGAGCUUUGUCUAUACUUUAUGUGAAGUUUCUCUUAAAACAAGUAAAGGUAGGAAAGAGAUUCUUUUAUACUUAUCAAGGCUAGGGUGGGCGUUUUGUGACAACACAUGACGCGACGGCUAUAUACAUGAAUAGCGGCUGGAGCUGAUACAACACGUAGAAACUCUAGAUAAACUUUUGCUCUUCAGAAGGUAUUUCCAAAUUAAAAAAAAGGAAAAUAUGAGUGAAGGCUCAAAGAAUUAUCAAGGUGA